CCUUUAUAAAUGAAACCCCCAAACCCCUCGGAUUUCCCGUGCUCAUCAUCGCCACCCACCUCUCGUCCUCCUCAUCCCCCGGCGCUACUCCCCCGCUCCACGGUCCAAGGAAAGAUGGCGUCCCAUAUUGUUGGUUACCCUCGCAUGGGCCCCAAGAGGGAGCUCAAGUUUGCCUUGGAGUCUUUCUGGGAUGGGAAGAGCAGCGCAGAGGAUUUGGAGAAAGUUGCCACUGACCUCAGAUCUAGCAUCUGGAAGCAAAUGUCAGAAGCUGGGAUCAAGUACAUUCCCAGCAACACCUUCUCAUACUAUGACCAGGUCCUUGAUACAACGGCCAUGCUUGGCGCUGUCCCAGAGCGGUACUCUUGGACCGGAGGAGAGAUUGGCCUGAGCACCUACUUCUCAAUGGCCAGGGGAAAUGCCACUGUUCCUGCUAUGGAGAUGACCAAGUGGUUUGACACAAACUACCACUUCAUUGUCCCUGAACUCGGCCCGAGCACCAAGUUCUCAUACGCUUCUCACAAGGCUGUCUCUGAGUACAAGGAGGCAAAGGCGCUUGGCAUUGAUACUGUCCCAGUGCUUAUUGGACCAGUCUCUUACUUGUUGCUUUCUAAGCCUGCCAAGGGUGUGGAGAAGUCGUUCUCUCUUCUUUCACUUCUUGGUAGCAUCCUUCCCAUCUACAAGGAGGUUGUUGCUGAGCUGAAGGCAGCUGGUGCUUCAUGGAUUCAGUUUGAUGAGCCUACCCUUGUUAAGGACCUUGAUGCUCACGAAUUGGCUGCAUUCUCUUCAGCAUAUGCUGAACUAGAGUCAGCACUCUCUGGAUUGAAUGUGCUUAUCGAGACAUACUUUGCCGAUAUUCCUGCUGAAUCCUACAAGAUCCUCACAUCCUUGAGUGUUGUGACUGCUUAUGGUUUCGAUCUCAUCCGUGGGGCCAAGACACUUGAUCUUAUUAGGAGCAGCUUCCCCUCUGGAAAAUACCUUUUUGCCGGAGUUGUAGAUGGCCGGAACAUUUGGGCUGAUGAUCUUGCUGCCUCUCUCAGCACUCUUCAGUCUCUUGAGGCUGUUGCUGGCAAGGACAAGCUUGUGGUGUCAACCUCCUGCUCGCUGAUGCACACUGCCGUUGAUCUUGUUAAUGAGACUAAGCUCGAUGACGAGAUCAAAUCAUGGCUCGCAUUUGCUGCCCAGAAGGUGGUUGAGGUCAAUGCCCUUGCCAAGGCUUUGGCAGGUCAAAAGGAUGAGGCUUACUUUGCAGCCAAUGCUGCUGCUCUGGCCUCAAGGAAGUCAUCACCCAGAGUGACAAAUGAGGAGGUCCAGAAGGCGGCAGCUGCUUUGAAGGGCUCUGACCACCGCCGUGCUACCAAUGUUUCUACUAGAUUGGAUGCUCAGCAGAAAAAGCUCAACCUCCCAGUUCUUCCAACAACUACAAUUGGUUCAUUCCCUCAGACUGUGGAGCUCAGGAGGGUCCGCCGUGAGUACAAGGCAAAGAAGAUCUCUGAGGAGGAAUACGUCAGUGCCAUCAAGGAGGAAAUCAGCAAGGUUGUCAAGAUCCAAGAGGAGCUUGACAUCGAUGUGCUUGUGCAUGGAGAGCCUGAGAGAAAUGACAUGGUUGAGUACUUCGGGGAGCAAUUAUCUGGUUUUGCAUUCACUGCCAACGGAUGGGUGCAAUCUUAUGGAUCACGUUGUGUGAAGCCACCCAUUAUCUAUGGUGAUGUCAGCCGCCCCAACCCCAUGACUGUCUUCUGGUCCAAGAUGGCACAGAGCAUGACCUCUCGCCCAAUGAAGGGAAUGUUGACUGGCCCGGUCACAAUCCUCAACUGGUCAUUUGUCAGGAACGACCAGCCCAGGUUUGAGACAUGCUACCAAAUAGCUCUUGCAAUCAAAAAGGAGGUUGAGGAUCUUGAGGCUGCUGGUAUCCAGGUGAUCCAGAUCGAUGAGGCGGCUCUAAGGGAGGGCUUGCCCCUGCGCAAGUCAGAGCAUGCAUUCUACCUGGACUGGGCUGUCCACUCUUUCAGAAUCACCAACUGUGGGGUCCAGGACACCACUCAGAUCCACACACACAUGUGCUACUCCAACUUCAACGAUAUCAUCCACUCCAUCAUCGACAUGGAUGCUGAUGUUAUCACCAUUGAGAACUCCCGAUCUGAUGAGAAGCUUCUGUCCGUAUUCCGUGAGGGUGUGAAGUAUGGUGCUGGCAUCGGCCCAGGUGUCUAUGACAUCCACUCUCCCAGGAUCCCCUCCACCGAGGAGAUUGCUGACCGCAUCAACAAGAUGCUUGCUGUGCUUGACACCAACAUCCUAUGGGUGAACCCUGACUGUGGUCUCAAGACCCGCAAGUACACAGAGGUGAAGCCCGCCCUGACCAACAUGGUUUCUGCCACCAAGCUCAUCCGCACCCAGCUUGCCAGCGCGAAAUGAGUCGUUUGUUAGCUCCACGGUUUGUUGAACACAAAGCCAACAGGGCCACCCAACAGGGCCAAUUGUUUUGAAUAAUUUGGGUCUCAUCCCUGUUCCAUGGUUAGGUUAGUCUCAUUGGUAUGGUAUGCUGUUAUAGUUGUAUUCUAAGUUUGGUGUGUCUUUUCUUUUAGGCUGUUUUCAGGCAUGUGAGCUUUGGGUAUAAACAGAAAUGAAAUAUGCAGUCCUCAAAUUGCAUCACCA